CGCAAGAGUUUCGUUUCCGCGGACUCCCCCUUCUCUCGUCAGAGAAUGCUACCAGGAAAUACAGUUUAUAAAUGAAAGCGACUCACACCCACACACACACACACACACACACACACACACACUGCCGCUGGACUACAUUAUAAACUGACAGAAGAGCCUUUGGGAUAUCAUGUCAGCCUCUAUUUCUGCCUUUAUCCUGACGUUUUCAACACUAUGCGGAUUCAGAGACUGUGCAGCGGUGUCAGGAGUCCUCAGCCCACCCACAAACGUGCGCCUGACCUCCUAUAACAUGGAUCUGGUGCUGAGGUGGGAUCCACCUGACCAGCCAGCCAGCGGCCUGCUCUACACAACUGAGUACAUCGCCUCCAUCAUGAACUACAAAGAGGGCUGUGUGAACAUCUCCACCCUUGAAUGUGACUUGACCAACCUCAAGAACCCCAUAUCUGAGUAUGGAAGGUAUAGAGGCAGAGUGCGGGUGCAGCUGGGGACAGAGAGCUCCGCCUGGGUGGAAAGCAACGAAAUUGCCUUGGACAGAGAUACCAUCAUCGGUUCGCCCAGUGUCUCUCUCUUCUCCAACGGGGCUACUAUCGAAGUCAGCAUCAAGGAUCCAGUGUUUAGGAUCUCUACACUCCUAGGUGUUUACAACCUGGCCACCUACAACAUCACCUACUGGAAGCACGGCCAGAAGAAAAAGGCCAUAAGCAUCAGCGACAUCAAGCAAAACCGGGUGGUUCUUUCCAACCUGGACCCCUGGACCAAGUACUGUGUCCAGGUCCAGGUAAACUCAAAGAUGAACCCCAACCACAGCGUGCCCAGCGCAGCUGUUUGUGAGAGCACCACCAUCGAAGAAGAGGCUCCCUGGUUGGCAGCCGUGGUGACGUUUGUUGCCAUGGCAAUGGCAGUGGCUGUAGUGGUGGUCGCAGUUGUGUAUCGGAAACGUAUAUCCCACUUUCUAUGCCCAAAGGAUGCACUGCCUCAGCACUUUAAAGAGUACCUGCUGGCACCCCCCAACUCGUCCAUGUACCUAGACAUGCGAAACUCCCAUCCACCUAAGGAGAUCUUUGACCCGGUCAGCAUCAUCGCAGACAGCAGCACUCUGGAGGAAGGGCUCCCUCUGGAGGCAGCAGGGACUAGCUGCAGCAAACAGCCUGGCACCACAUAGAGAUGCUAGGAACAGGGAAAUGCUGGAAAGCACAGCAACAAUGAAAGAAGUUGGGACUGUUGGAGAUUAUCAGCAGGGACGACUGCAAAGACACUGACAAACAGGGAAAUAAUCGAUUCUUGAGUAUUAGACUCAAGAGUAUUAGAAACAAAGAAACAAAUUCUGCAGCAGUCCUAUAUUAUUCCUCAGAGCAGGCGUUACUGUGAAGUGAUUAGAUGGCAAAGCCACAGAGACAUGUACAGCACUUACAAGAUUGGUACCACAUCCAAAUGAUGUUGUUUUUGUGCUGUACAGCUCGCAGUAUUACCACAUACUGUACUUAACAGAAGGAGUGCGGCACAGCCCUUUGGAGCUGCCCGUACCAAGUAUUUAAGCUGCCAUUAUGGUAUAAGAUGCCCAUCCACUUGUUUUUUCAACCUGGACCCUCUUUUCCCAUGUUUUUGUGUCUAUGUCAACACAAUUUUUAUUUUGAAAGAUUAUUUUUGGGGCUUUUUAGGCCUUUAUUGACAGG